UUUUAUUUAAAUAAUAAUACAUAGGCAGAAUUAAUUGUACAUACUUUCAAUAAAAUUUGUUAAUUUUUUAUUACAAACUAAGAAUUUUCCAAGAAGAUUGUUGUGAAAGUUGUCUAGUCCCGCAGCAGGAGUAAGGCAAACAAAACAAUCGUUUUGGAUAUUGGAUGGUUGAUUAUAUUUUAGUGAAAACUUAACCAUGGCUGAGGAACAAAAUCUACGCGAUCUAAAAGAGAGAAUGAAAUUAAUAUCUGAUGCGGAUCCAGCUCAAUACCACAAUGACUUUUCCCUUAGAAGGUAUUUGAAAGCGUUCAAAACAGUUGACAGUGCCUUCCAGGCUAUUUUGAAAACAAACAAAUGGCGAGUGGAGUAUGGUGUAGCAGUGCUUCAUGAAAAUAAAGAGUUAAUUGAAAAAUAUUCGAAUAAAGCAAGAGUACUCCGGCACAGAGAUUUAGUUGGAAGACCAAUUGUCUACAUACCGGCCAAGAAUCACAGCACUACUGAUAGAAACAUAGAUGAUCUGACUAAAUUCAUUGUAUACUGUUUGGAAGAGGCGAGUAAGAAAUGUUUUGAAGAAGUUGUAGACAACCUGUGCAUAGUAUUUGAUUUGAACAAUUUCACUCUUUCCUGCAUGGACUACCAGGUGUUGAAGAAUUUGAUAUGGCUGCUGAGUCGACAUUAUCCAGAGAGGCUUGGAGUAUGUCUUAUCAUUAAUGCGCCUGUUUUUUUCUCUGGCUGUUGGGCUGUAAUCAAAGGAUGGCUCGACGAGAACACAUCUGGGAAAGUGACAUUUGUUAAUUCAGAAAUGGAUUUAUGUCAGUACUUAAUUCCUGACAUGCUACCUACAGACAUGUAACAAAACAAAUAUGGCAUACAAGAAUGUGUAGCAUAAUAUAU